CAGACUGAGGAACUACUUGGGAACAGUGGAUGACAGGUACUUAAAGCAAAUCCCCCAGCAGCCAUCAGUCCUUUAUUGACAGGAAGGAGAUCUCCAGAUCACAGACUGACAAAAUGCUUACUGAUAUAAGAAGUCCCAUUACUUUGGAUUAUUUUUCAGUAAUACAGUACUAUAUUUUUUGGUAGUAUAGCGGUUGUGAGAAAGGUGAUGUGGCUCCAAACACACGAAGAACAAGUAUGAAAAGAUGGUGUUUUACCUAGACACUUGGUUUUUGUGGAUGAAACACUUCACAGAACACCCAGGCAAAUGACUAUCAGAAUUGGUUGCACACGUUUACUGAUCUCUUCCUCUCAAGCAGGAUUUUCAGAAUGGAUUCGGUGUUAUUAAGCUUUAAAAACUGGUUUAAGGCUGUCUAGAUCCAGGUUCCUUUAGCUCCAGAUGCCAGCUGUUGGAGAGGUUCCUUUCUGGGCCUUGCAUAUGAGGGAAGUUCACUGUCCUGUCUAGAACCACGCGUUUUUAUUUUAACUAUUUGAUGAGAAGGUGGAGGGAAUUCUCACAGGUAAAUUACAAAUACAUAUACAUUUCACUGGCAUUUAAUGCCUAGAUUUGUAGAAAGAAGCUGCUAGAUACUGAAGCUAGGUUUCCAUGACAUCUCUGCAAAACGACAAAGAACUUGCAGCCUUGAGUGUGCCAGGGGAGGGAGUAUAUUUUUGGAUGUUGCACAGGCCACUCCUUUGUACCUAUUACAAUUAACUUUAUAUUUUCAGAAUUACCACUAAAAAUUAAGUCUUACGUUGCACAUACGCAAUUCAAUGCUGCUGCAUGUACAGUGAGCGUAGGAAAAGAUAUUUCCAAUUUCUUUUUCUUAUUGUUUAUAUGAGAUGUACGAGUGCGUAUGCCUGAAGAACAGCGUUCCGGUUACUCAAAGACUUUGAGGCUUUAUGCAUUGCGCCAAGUUAAAAUUAACAGCAUUACAAACGAUGCAUACUCUUACCAUAUUGUUUGGAGAAAAGCAGGUCAAUAUUUCCUGUAGAAAGCAGUGAAUUCCUGCAGUCUGUGCUGCUUCAUACCCAACAAUAUAGAGACAACCUGAUCCGAGCAGCAGAAAACUGAGUAUUUUUAAAUUAGGAAAAGAUAUUCUGGCAGAGUAGCUUAAGUAAGCUCCAGAUAGGAAGCCUAAAUUAACAUUAACCUUUGUUACUGGAACAGAGAUUAAAUGAAGGUAGAAAAGAACACAACUGACACGACUUUUAAAAUGGGAACAUUUAAACGGGCUAAGCUAAGACAACCUUACAUGCUAUGUUUUGAUGCAGUAUCGCGACUACAAAAAUACAAAGAAGUUAACUGAUUCAAAUUAGAAGACCCAACUCUGUACUGAAUAUGUAUGCUUCACAGUAAAUUUGAGUCAGCACCAGCGACAGCUCUGCAGUCCUCCAAUGUAGUGCAGAUCAGGUGGUUGCAGAGCCCCAGCUAGCAGCAAUACGAUGCAGCUGAAGAGGCAAGCACAAUCCACAGACAGCAACUGUAGCUACUCUCUAGAACAAGACGACCUCUAAGCUUAAAUCUUUCACAGAAAUAAUGUGCUGAUAUUGCAGAAGACGUUACGGCAGCAAUGGAACACCAGAUAUUGAAAACAUCUACCUGCCUGCUGGCCCUUCUGUUUUUCAUACCCACUGUUCUGGGUAUCUGUCCUUCUAACUGUGCAUGCUCAGGAAACAACAGGAACGUGGACUGCUCAGGCAGAAACUUAACUGUAUUGCCACACGGACUUCAAGACAACAUUACGUAUUUAAAUCUGUCAUUUAACCAGUUUGUAGAUCUCGAUCAUCAGCUGACGAGAUUCAGCAAUUUGAGGACCCUUGAUAUUUCAAAUAAUUGGCUCAAGAACGUUCCUGCUCAUCUGCCCAAGUCCUUAUGGGAAUUAUACGCCAUAAAUAACAACAUUAAAGUUCUUCAGAAACUUGACACAGCUUACCAGUGGAACCUUAAAGUGCUGGAUGUUUCCAGGAAUAUGGUGGAAAGAGCUGUUUUGAUCAACAACACACUGAGCAGUCUCAAGUUUCUCAACCUCAGCAGCAACAAACUUUGGACAGUUCCAACCAACAUGCCCUACAACAUAGAGACCGUGGAUCUAUCCAAUAACUUCUUGUCUCAGAUACUACCAGGAACGCUGGUGAGAUUACAGCACCUCACAAGUCUCUACCUACACAACAACAAGUUCACAUACAUUCCUGACAAAGCUUUUGACCAGCUCUUUCAGCUGCAAGUAGUAACACUACACAACAACCCAUGGUCCUGCAGUGACCAACAAAAUAUCUCUUAUUUGCUUAAAUGGGUGCAGGGCACCUCCGCCAGGGUCCGAGGGGCUCCCUGCGCUAACCAGUCCGUGCUCUGGGCCAACGUCACGCCGACCUCCACCGCUGCGCCAGACGCCGGCUUGAUGAUUAAAGGAAUGAAGGCAGCAGACACAGCUGCCUCUCCAGCGGCAGCUGAACCAACCCAAAUGACAAAAAUGCAUAAACAAUUUAAAGCUAAGGAAGUGACUACCUUGGCGUCGCUAAGCCAGACAGUACUGUUCACGAGCACAGACCGACCUCUGCUUCUCUACCCUGAGGAGCUGACAACCAGGAAGGUCAGCGCUUACGAAGCGGCUGCCACGCACACGAUCUACAUUAAAGAUUCAACCGAUGUAAACUCGAGCCUGACUCAUUCAACAGGAUCAUCCACCACUCCUAUGACUCUGAGUAUCACCAGUGGAAUGCCAACAAACUACUCCAGAAUGCCUCAAAGCACAACCGCUACCUUAAGGAGAGAGGAAGCCACUACAAGUGUUCUGAACACCGACGUGCCCUCCAAAGCGAGCACCUGGGAGCUAUGUUUGUUUUAUGCUGUAAUUCUUCAUGCAGCGGCAGCGCUUAUUGGCUAGGAGCUUGUACUCUGAGGUUAUUCCUGUGAUACACAGCCGGGGGGAAGACGUCCAGGUCAAACAGUGAAUCCAAACACGAGAAAUCUGAAGUUCUGACUGAUCUAAAGAAAAUAACAGUUCCUAAAGAAGUGCAGACUAAUGUCUUGAUACUAAGCUGCUACUUAUUUUAAUACGUCUUAAUUGAGUAAAACUAACCUAUGAUCUUGUUUUUUAAAACGUGCUUAUUUUGUAUUUAAAUUUUUAAUUUUACUUGCACAGAACAAAACAUCCGAAUUUUAAGUACUGGUUGUAUGUAUUAUUUUGUCAUUAAACAACUGGAAAAAAACAGAAAUCCUGUAUCACAUCUGCAUUGUCUUGCUUGAUUUGCUGGUGAGCAAUUCUUGUAAUAUAGCAGCACAGAUUCUUUGUAAGUUACGAUGCCAUGCAUAAGGAAGGGAAAAUAUAAAGAAACUAAACCUAGCUGUUUCACUAAUCAGAAGUAAUUCUUGAGAAAAAUUGCUAGCAUGUAUAUCUAUGUUUGCUUCAUAUGUACUAGGAUACUUUAAAUACAAAGAACAACCAUUUUGAAUUUAGAAAUUAAAUAUGACAAUGCCAUGAUGUCUAUCUACUAAGAGGGGUAAAUCGAGAAGCCAACAUGGUCCAGCUUCAGCAUGGGAAGAGUGGUAGGGGCCGAUCUCUCUUUUUGCUCUGUCUUGACUUAGAUCUGCAGGCAAGUUAUUUCUUGUUCUCCAUAAUGUAAAACAAACAAACAAAAAGAUAGAAGUAGAGGAAAACACAACGUGUUCAAUGCCAUGACACCCUCCAAUAACAAGGAGUUUAAUCUACAUAAAUUAACAAAACCAAACACCUUAACUUACAAUCAAAAAUCUGAAAUAUUUGUUAUUACACCACAAAUUUGUCCAGAAUGCUUCAAACUAUGACUUUUUGCUCACUAAAAUAAAAUAUUGGCCAAUUUCUAAUGCAAGUUAUGUAACAUAUACCAAUUGAGCAAUUCGUUUAAAGCUCUCGUUUAAAAAAUCCUUGAAUCUUGUGACUUAAAAUUGAAUUCAAGCCAUGGCAUUGAACACGCCCAAAGCCUUGCCUUCCUACGAUGAGCACGAACGCUAUUCUCCUUGACAUCCGCGCCAUCAGCCAGUAGAAAUAGAUGCACGCAUGGUUCUGACCACUCCAGGAAAAUUACGUGGCAAAGGUACUUGAUACACUACUGAUGAAGUUUUGCAAACAGCAUGAAAUGAAAACUGAAGAACAAGUUAAUUGUAAGAGUAUUAUUCACUUAAUAUUGCAAAUCUUUAUUCAAUAUUUUCCACGCAUUUCAGGCCAUUUAAUUUCCAGUUAUUGUAGCACGAAGGUGCUACAAAAUCUAGAAAACCUCAAUACCAAGAUUGCAGUCCUCAACCUAUUUCUCCUAGGUAUCAGUGAGGGCAGCAGAUCGUUUAUAACCACUGGUAUCAGAAAAGUCACAACUUUCCAACUGUGAACAGUAUUUCUAUAAUCGGAAAUGUGUUUUAAUUUCUAACAGUACUGUAAAUGUUGCACAAUGAAUUUGUACAGUUAUUUCAUUGGCAUUUAAAUAAAAAUAAAGCUAUGUUUGUAUUGAAAUGAACUACUGACAGUGUUUCUUUUCACUACUAUCUUGCAGACAGGUAAUCAUACAGAAUAGAUGCUAUUUUAUUACACAGAUCUAUUCCAAACAGGCAUUUGGCUCUUUAUGCCUUAUGAAGAAAAAUUAUGGUAUGAUCAAACUGUACUAUUUUGAUACGCAAAUUUCCCUAAUACUGUUUAUUAAUAAGCUGAUGAACUAAUGGUAAUAGCCCAGCCUUCUGCUUCUUACCAUUUAGACAUUGCAAACCCCUAAGAACUACGUCUACCCACUAGAGAAUGGUACUCCUUUCUUCAUCUUAAAAAUAGAAGUCUCUCCAUGCUAAAUAGAACAGAAAGCUUUUUAAGAGAAAAAGCCCACACCAACAACAUUUUCUAGGCAUUUUAAGUACAUAAGAACUAGUUAUCCAAGUGAAAAUUCAGACAACUUAGAUUCUAAGAAACACGUGCAGAAGCGCAUCAUACUAGUAAGUGGCAACAAGCAACCUGAAAGAGUUUCAUAUAUUCUACCCAGGUUAAUAAUCUGAUAUAAACUGAUAAAUUCCAGCAAGUAGCAUCAGAAUAGAGAAAAUGCCACGGCCUGCCAUCCUCUUUGGGCAGGAACUGUACUUGUCAAGUACUGUGAUUGACUCUAAAACGGCAUCAACCUACUGAUUAUGUUCAGAAUUAGGUAUUUCCUAGAGUUAUCUCAUUCAUAUGGUGUCAUCCCACACAGUUUAAAGCAGCUUAGCUUGAAAGGUAAGAGAGAUCACAAAAUGAGGUGCCAUGACUAAAACACCUUGAGUGAAUUAUAUUAUGUUGAAAGAAUUAUGUGAAACAUGAUGUGUGUCUUGGCAUCCUGCACUGAAUGGCUCAGCAAAAUCCUACUGGAUGCAAAAAGCCUACAUGGAAUUAACUUUUAAACACUCUGAGAAUGUUGCAGUUACAAUUAGACUACUUGGUGAACAACAAACCUAUGGAAAAUCCUGCUUUUCACAAGUUAUUCAGGGCAAAACGCAAGUCCCAUACUGAAUGACUUGCAACCCAGGCUUUGAAGUCUGAUGCAAGCUGAUAAACACUUGGAAGUGGAAAUGGGGUUGUGCAGUUUACUAAAGAUGUGUACUGACUGAGGGAGGAAAAAAAUAAAAUAAAAUAAAAUCACAGAUGUGCGUGGAAGUGAGAUGGCACUCCCUUCAAACUCCAGGGCCAUGCUCUGUAUCCAAAACUUGCCCUUGGUAGGUACAAGCAAGAGGGCUUCUCAGUCAGACUGCCUUCAAUAAGCAGAUUAAAUUUGGAUUCCCUUGUAUUUUUCCGGAAUACAAAUGAGUUGAUAACAGAGCACAAGUAGGCAGGCAGUGUGGGAGGCAGGCACUUGUUGCUUGGCAACAGUACAGUCAAAUUGAAAUGAAAUCAACACCCAUGGAUGUAAGCGCUGCAGAAGCAGCUUGCUGUGCUUCAGACAGGCAGGGCACUCAGUCCACGAUUAAUAUAAAUAUGAUAAUCUAUCCUCAGGAAAUUCUUUGUUUCAAAACAACUAUCUAACACUUCAAUGUAAUGUUCAAUAGCCUUUUUGAAAAUGGUGCUGUAUCUGUUGCUUGCUUAUCCAAACACAAUCCAGCACACCUUGUUGCAGAAAUAUGUUUGCUUUCAAAAGGCUACAAUUGCAACACGGGCAGCUGCAGCAUGAAGCAACUCUGAGGUUUGUGUUCCCACGUUUCCAAUUAAUUAGUCCGAUAUACCAGCUUUAAAACUUAAUGGCAGUACGUCAGGAUCAAUAUAUACUGAUGUAUUGAUCACUGUAGCAACAGAGCAAGGAUUAAAGACAGAAGAGCACUGGCUCUUCUGUCUGGUUGUUACCCAGGAAACAAAACAUGGAGAAAAAAAGACAGAAGAGAUUAAAUUUCACAGCACAAGAGGAUAUAAACCGAUCCAGAUAUGUCAGAGAAAUGACUCAACAAUGCCCUAGCAACAAGACUUCAAGCUAAAAAAGAAAACUUGCCUGCUCAAGCCCUGAGACGUACUGGCAGCUCAGAUCUGAACAGCCUUUCCACAUUUCACACCUCAAAACAUGACAUCUGGCUCAGUACCUCAAAUAAACACCACGCAGCCACGUCCCCGUUUGCAGCCUCAGCGCAGCAAAGAGGUCCCAGCUGCUCGGUUUGAAGAGCAGCCUUGUGGAGAAAAACCAAAGGCUUACACAGCGACCGAAGAGAAAAAAUAAUGAAAAGGGUGGUAAAGGCAAUAAAUGGUAACUGACACGAUAAACAGGUGCCACCCAGCCUCAUUAUCCGUAUACUGGCUUUAUCCUGGCCCGCUACCAACUUGACCAAACCUGGACAGAUUUCUCCCAAACACCUGUACACAAUGCUCACACACCGAGCUGGCACUCCAUCCAAGGACAUCAGCAUUUAAUGAAGGUAAAGAUCCUACGUUUUCUCAGACAAAGCAGUCAGAAGUUGAAUAAAUUGCAAGUACAGCUACCAAGUAUUCAGAGUUUCCCUCAAUCAUCUACUUGUGUCCGCUAUGCAUCUCACUUGAAGAAAGGUAGAAAAAAAUCUCAUUUCAACAGGCUCACUCAUACCAAAAUUAACCACGCCAGGGUGCAGCAGCAAUUUUAAAUAUAUUUCAAAAGAAAUUAUAUUUAUUCAAAUACCAAGGAGGUAUAUUUUUAUU